AUGUCCUUCUUCCGUGUCGCCGCUCGCGCCGUCCGCGCCCCCGCACAGCCCCGUAUCCAGGUCGCAUCGCGCAUCCAGCGUCUCAACCAGGCCAGAACUUUCAGCGUCGCCAGCGUCAAGCGUGCCGACGUCGAUGCACACGACCCCCACCACGAGGAGAGCUUCGAGGAGUUCACCGCCAGAUACGAGAAGGAAUUCGAGGCCGUCCAGGAUGUUUUCGAGCUCCAGCGCAACCUGAACAACGCCUUCGCCUACGAUCUCGUCCCCGCUCCCUCGGUCAUCGUUGCCGCUCUCAAGGCCGCCCGCAGAGUCAACGACUUCCCUACCGCCGUCAGAGUCUUUGAGGGCAUCAAGGCCAAGGUCGAGAACCAGGCUCAGUACGACGAGUACCUCACCGAGCUCGAGAGCCUCAGGAAAGAGCUUGGCAUCGAGCUCAGAGAGGCCAUGUACCCCGAGUCCUCGUAAAUUAUAUCCGUUUCCACCUGUCGAUAGAGGAUGAAAUCAUCAACGCCAUUCCACUUACACAUGUCCGAGAGAACGAACAAGACGAAAGAUGAAAUGUAAUAUUUUCUUGCUUGACAGUCGACGAAAGCGGGAGGGGCUCCCCAUUGGAUCGUUGUGUACCUCGCCCGCAGCAAUGUAUAUUGUUUCAAACUCAUGCCUUUGUUUUCCUGGUCCAAUCUUGCCCCGAAGCAAGCGCCACAAUGAUACUGAGAGGACAUGUAUGCUUACAGAUUACUAAUAUUGGAUACACAAAACACAGAUGUAUGAGCAGUAUAUACUUAGCUAAGCCGCCACCGAAAUAGCAGUCCCACUGAUUCUUCAU